AGAAAUAGCACAAAAGAUAUCACCAACAGAGGAUACUGAGCAUUGCUUCUCUCUCAUCUCACACUUUGAACCCAUUGUUCUCAUUUCCCUCCACAGAUCUCUGAAAAUCACACAAUCGAAACCCUAACUCUCUCUUUCUAUCUAUCUUUACGCACACAAACACACACAGACACACAUUCGAUCGGAGAUUGUGUCUUCUUAUCUAUUUUCGAUUUUCAUUUUUUGCCAAUCUCCAGCCUUUAUCUGUUGAUUCGGUUAUUGAUUUCUGGAACUAUCAUUCAUGAAGGUUAUUAUAGGGAUUUCGCAUACGCUUGAUGGAUGAGCGAUAUGCCUCAACUGCGUAGCGGAGUGCGCAGAGGCCGACCGUCGAAGCAACCAGUUCCGAUCGAAAAAGUCGCCGCCGACGACAAUAAUAAGGCGGCGAGAACUGUACGGGCUCGCCGGAGACAAACCAAGAAGAAUGUUGUGAAAGUUUCGUGUCAUAGAACAACGUUGUUGGAGGGUGAGGAGAAGGAGGAAGCUAGGGUCUUGGGAGUCGGUGGUGGUGGUGGUGCUGAGGUUGCGGCAGCAAAGGAAGAGGUUGGGGAGAAAGAGAUGGAUGAGUACGAUAGCGGUGGCCGGAGUGGUGGCGAUAAGGGUUUGCCAGCUGAAGAUGAAGGCAGCACAGCUCCACUUCCCGAGAGGAUUCAGGUUGGUGGUUCCCCAGCAUACAAAACAGAUAGGAAACUGGGAAAAGGAGGAUUCGGACAAGUGUAUGUUGGUCGUCGCAUUAAUCCUCCAGUUCCGCAUGAAAGAACUGGCCCAGGAGCAGUAGAGGUUGCCUUGAAAUUUGAGCAUAGAAGCAGCAAAGGAUGUAAUUAUGGACCACCUUAUGAGUGGCAAGUUUACAAUGCGCUUGGUGGCAGUCACGGUGUGCCGCGAGUACAUUAUAAGGGCCGGCAAGGCGACUACUACAUCAUGGUUAUGGACAUGCUUGGACCUAGUUUAUGGGACGUAUGGAAUAACAACUCUCACACGAUGUCCAUUGAAAUGGUUGCAUGCAUUGCCAUUGAAGCAAUCUCCAUAUUAGAGAAAAUGCACUCCAGAGGAUAUGUGCAUGGGGAUGUAAAGCCGGAGAACUUUUUGCUUGGCCCACCAGGGACUCCUGAAGAGAAAAAACUAUUUCUUGUUGACCUUGGAUUAGCGACCAGGUGGCGAGAUAGUUCAACUGGCCUACAUGUUGACUAUGAUCAACGACCAGAUGUUUUUAGGGGAACAGUUCGUUAUGCAAGUGUGCAUGCUCAUCUCGGAAGAACUGGGAGCAGAAGAGAUGAUUUAGAAUCUCUUGCUUAUACACUCAUUUUUCUUCUCCGUGGCCGACUGCCUUGGCAAGGAUACCAGGGAGAGAAUAAAGGGUUCCUUGUUUGCAAGAAGAAAAUGGCAACUUCUCCAGAAUCGCUCUGUUGCUUUUGUCCUGCACCUUUCCGACAGUUUGUAGAGUAUGUGGUGAAUUUGAAGUUUGAUGAGGAACCUAACUAUGCUAAAUACGUCUCCUUAUUUGAUGGGAUAGUUGGUCCAAAUCCAGACAUUAGGCCAAUUAACACUGAUGGUGCACAGAAGCUUAUAUAUCAGGUUGGUCAUAAGAGAGGACGACUGACGAUAGAAGAGGAUGAUGAUGAACAACCAAAGAAGAAAGUCCGAAUGGGAAUGCCUGCAACACAAUGGAUUAGUGUUUACAAUGCUCGCAGGCCUAUGAAGCAAAGAUAUCACUAUAACGUGGCAGACUUGAGACUUCCUCAACACAUUGAGAAAGGAAAUGAAGAUGGUUUAUUUAUCAGCAGCGUGGCAUCAUGUUCGAAUUUGUGGGCGUUAAUUAUGGAUGCAGGCACUGGCUUCACUGCUCAAGUCUAUGAACUCUCCCCCUUUUUUCUUCACAAGGAGUGGAUUAUGGAGCAAUGGGAGAAGAAUUAUUACAUUAGUGCAAUAGCAGGGGCUAAUAAUGGAAGCUCGCUAGUAGUAAUGUCUAAGGGUACCCAAUACUUACAGCAGUCCUAUAAAGUAAGCGAGUCUUUUCCAUUUAAGUGGAUCAAUAAAAAAUGGAGGGAGGGAUUCUAUGUCACUGCCAUGGCCACUGCAGGAAGUAGAUGGGCGAUUGUCAUGUCUCGUGGGGCUGGAUUUUCUGAUCAGGUUGUGGAAUUAGACUUUCUAUAUCCUAGUGAAGGCAUUCAUCGGAGGUGGGAUGGCGGUUAUCGCAUCACAUCAACUGCAGCAACUUCGGAUCAGGCUGCUCUUGUUCUGAGUGUUCCGAGAAGAAAACCUGCAGAUGAAACACAAGAGACACUUCGGACUUCUGCAUUUCCUAGCACACAUGUCAAGGAGAAAUGGGCAAAAAAUCUUUAUAUUGCAUCUGUUUGCUAUGGUCGAACUGUUUCAUGAGCGCCAAAGUUUUGUUGGGGAUGCUUACUGAUGUUCUUUAGGCUGCCUGUUUGUGAGCCAUGAUUUAGUCCGUACCAUGUACUCAUGUGUUUAGGAAGCAAGUUUUACCUCAUUUUUAGAAGGCUAGCCGACUCAUCAUGUGAUUUCCGAGUUGAUGUAUGAUGGUCAAUCAUCAAAGUUUCACUCGUGCGAUCCUAUUUCAUAGUAUUGAUUACUGACACCUGUGCAUUGUGUUCUAGCUGUGUUAAAAUACUAUUAAAGCCAAUGCCCCUGAUCUUUUUCGCUCAAUGGGAUGGGGAUAUUUUUACUUACUGUCAAAAGUUUGUAUAGUCUUGAAUAAUAGUUCCUUGGUUGAAUGCAUAUGCACGGGUCAUGUUUUGAUUA